AUGCAGACCGCCUUAUACGAUGAGUCCAUCAUUCAGAUCUCAGCGACAAAUCCUCUCUCCUACCAGGAGUACUCUGGCGCGGGCACCGUCACCGCCGGCUUCCAGAGACAUUCCGUGGUUCACAUGCAGUAUGAUAAGGUCAUCCGCACUCCGGGCGGUCAACCGUCGCCCCAGCCUACGCAUCUGGGUAUUCCAGGCGGCACGCACCGCGUGUUGUCGGAGGAAGGGCCGGGGUAUGUUGCGGCGAAGUUUGAGGGGAAGAAGAAGCAGAUGGAGGCUGCUAUGACAUUAUGGACCAGCUCGAGGAGAAGGGAUUCAUCCCGAUCGAAUUCGUCUCGUCGGAAACAACUGGUUCUACAACAUGCUUGGCAUCGACGACAUGUACUUCAAACCGAGACGUCGACGCCAUCGUCAGCCAUAUCCUCUCCCUCUACGCCGCCAAGGUGGCCGCAUAUGCCCGUGAUGAUUAAGCGUCUGGAGAUCAGGUUGGAUAAGGAGGCUGCCGACCACGCUGUCUACAUCGACACUAGCAAGCCUGGAAUAAGCGCCAUCGACGGGCCGCGGUAUGAACAGCGCAUCGACGAGAAAUACAUCAAUGGCUCCACCCCGAAGAACGCCUAUCGUGUGGAAACUUUCCGUUCCGCCAGCUCCCUUCCAGAUAACCAUGAGCAGCAGCUGCGUUGCUACUUCGUCUACAAGUGUCACUUCAGCGAGCCGCAUCCGGACCCGGAGGAGACGAAUAUUGAAAUUGUGGGUGAGAAGCGCUUCUUGCAAAAGGCUACCGCCAACACAAAGGCCAUCUACCAGGAGAUCAUUAUCAAUGCUGUGGCUAGAUCUGGCCCUGUCAUUGAGAUGUUUGAGAUUGAAGGCAGCCGUGAAAAGAGACUGGUGAUCGCGUACCGCCAGGGUUCCGCUAUGGGCAUGUUCAGCGCCCUGUCUGACCUCUACCACUACUACCGCCUUACAAGCUCGCGGAAGUACCUAGAGAACUUCUCCAAUGGUAUCACUGUAGUCUCUCUCUACCUGAAACCCAUGGAAGGCGCAGAAAUCUCCGGGAAAUACCCACCCAUCGAAGCUGCGAUCCAUCAGAUCAUGAAGGAGAUCUCCUUGCUGUACUGCAUUCCUCAAAACAAGUUCCAGAGCCAUUUCGCCAGUGGCCGUCUUAGCUUACAAGAAACUAUCUACGCCCACUGCGUAUGGGUGUUCGUGCAGCAGUUCCUGAACCGCCUGGGAUCCGAAUACACCUCCCUAACCGCCCUCCUCGAUUCGAGCAAUAGCUCACACGCUGAGCUCCUUUCAAAGAUCAAGAAGAGACUUCGUACCGAAACCUUCACCUCAGACUAUAUCCUUGAGAUCAUCAACAAAUACCCCCAACUCAUCCACAAGCUGUACCUUGAUUUCGCCACAACGCAUUACGUUCAGAUGGUUGAGGGAGUGCCCGAUGACUUCCUCCCCACGCUCAGCUACUUGCGUCUGCAGGUAGAUGAGCCCCUGGACCACGACCGCCUCGACGAGCUGAUCUCCAAAACCGUGGUCAGCGAGAAUGACGAGAUGGUCAUGAACUCGUUCCGUGUCUUCAACGCUGCGGUUCUCAAGACUAACUUCUACACCCCAACCAAAGUCGCUCUCAGUUUCCGUCUCAACGCGGAUUUCCUGCCCGAACACGAAUACCCCCAGCGCCUGUACGGAAUGUUCCUUAUCAUUAGCUCUGAGUUCCGCGGCUUCCAUCUCCGUUUCCGCGAUAUCUCCCGUGGCGGUAUCCGGAUAGUCAAGAGUCGUGACAAGGAAGCCUAUGCCAUCAAUGCCCGCUCGCUAUUUGAUGAAAAUUACAACCUGGCCAAUACCCAGCAGCGGAAGAACAAGGAUAUCCCCGAAGGCGGCGCCAAGGGUGUUAUCCUGCUCGACGUCAACCAUCAGGACAAGGCGAGAGUGGCCUUUGAGAAAUACAUCGACAGUAUCCUCGACCUGCUCCUCCCGCCCGCCAGCCCUGGUAUCAAAGACCCCAUCGUCGACCGCCACGGACAGGAUGAGAUCCUCUUCAUGGGUCCUGAUGAGAACACUGCUGAGCUGGUCGACUGGGCAACUCACCAUGCGCGAAAGCGGGGUGCCCCCUGGUGGAAGUCCUUCUUUACAGGCAAGAGCCCCAAACUCGGCGGUAUCCCCCAUGACAGAUAUGGUAUGACCACCUUAUCCGUCCGCCAGUACGUGCUCGGCAUCUACCGCAAGACAGGCAUCGACCCAUCCACAGUCCGCAAAAUGCAAACCGGCGGACCCGAUGGCGACCUCGGCUCCAACGAAAUCCUCCUCGGGAACGAGAAGUACUGCGCCAUCGUCGAUGGGUCUGGCGUCCUGGUCGACCCGCAGGGCCUCGACCGCGACGAGCUCGUCAGACUAGCCAAGAAGCGCGCCAUGAUUGUCCACUAUGAUGCAUCCAAGCUAUCCCCUGAGGGCUACCGUGUUCUCGUCGACGAGACCAACGUAACCCUCCCGGACGGCGAAGUCGUCCACAACGGCACCGUCUUCCGCAACACCUUCCACCUCCGCGGUGGGCGGGCCUUUGACAUCUUCGUCCCCUGCGGCGGGCGCCCGGAGUCCAUUGACCUCAGCAACGUCAGCAAACUGAUCGAGAACGGCAAAGCCGUUAUCCCCUACAUUGUCGAGGGCGCCAACCUCUUCCUAACCCAGGAUAGCAAGAUCCGCCUGGAAAAAGCCGGCUGCGUCCUCUUCAAAGACGCCUCCGUCAACAAGGGUGGCGUCACCUCUUCAUCCCUCGAGGUCCUCGCCUCCCUAUCCUUCGACGACAAGGGCUUCGAGGAUCACAUGUGCGUGCGCGAGGACGGGACCAUCCCGCCAUUCUACGACGCGUACGUGCGCGAGGUCCAGGAGACCAUCCAGCGCAACGCGCGCUUGGAGUUCGAGGCCAUCUGGCGCGAGCAUGAGGAGACUGGGAUGCCGCGCAGUAUGAUCAGUGAUAAGCUUAGUCUUGCGAUUACGAAGCUGGAUGAGGAGUUGCAGGAGACGGAGCUGUGGGAUAAUACGGUUUUGAGAGAGGAUGUGCUGCGGGAUGCGUUGCCGAAGCUUUUGUUGGAGAAGAUUGGACUGGAGACGAUUUUGGAGAGGGUCCCAUCCAACUACCUCCGCUCCAUCUUCGGCAGCUACCUUGCCAGCCGCUUCGUCUACGAGUACGGCAGCAGCCCGAGCCAGUUUUCUUUCUUCGAUUUCAUGUCCAAGAGAACCGCGAAGCUCAUAGAUCGACAGAAAUGA